GACUUGAAUAUCAAUAUGUCUGACAGCAAAAUAAAGCACGUUGUUGCCGAUUCUGGGGCUUUUAUUCGCAACGCCCCUCUUCAGAGCAUUGGAUCUAAGAUCUACACUGUUCCAAAAGUAGUGAAUGAAAUCAAGGACAAAGCCACUUUGCAGAGACUGCAGGUGUUACCAUAUCAACUAAUUCCUAAAACACCCUCACCAGAAUGCAUCAGAAUUGUGACAGAAUUUUCAAAGAAGACAGGGGAUUACAAGAGUCUUUCCCCAGUGGAUAUACAAGUCAUUGCUUUGACAUAUCAGUUAGAGAAAGAAAAUGUUGGAACAGAUCACAUAAAGACUGUCCCAGAUAACAAGAUUGAAUGGACCACAUCUAAAGCAAUGCUAGAAAAGCCAACAUCUAUAGCAGGAUUUUACCUUGCCAAGGACAACUCAAAAAGUAGAACCAAUUCAGAAUGCACCACAACGUCAGACUUACCAGAAACAGAGAGCCAGUCAACACCAAAAGAACAUUUAACUGACCAAUUAGUGAACACCUCUCAAGACAUGAAAUUAGUGACUGAUAAUAUUGACCAAUCAGAAACAAUUAAAUCAAAGGGAGAUCUUAACACAGAAUCAACAGAGGAGAGAGAUGGGGGACAGGGGGAGGAGGGGCUUACUGUGACAGCUGACAUGCUAGAGGAGACAGAGGAAGAUGAAGGGAUUGAGGAGGAUGAAGAAGAGGAAGAUGAUGAUGACGGCUGGAUAACACCCAGCAACAUCAGCUCACUGAAACAGAAGAUGACCAGUCAGGAUCAGGCGAGAGUGGCAGUACCUGUAGGUUGUGUCACCACAGACUUCGCUAUGCAGAAUGUCCUGAUUCAGAUGGGACUCAAUGUGAUAUCUGUGGAUGGGCUACUGAUUAAAAGAGCAAAAAGUUUUGUUCUACGCUGCUUUGCAUGCAUGAAAAUUACAAAGGACAUGAUGAAGGAAUUCUGUCCUUACUGUGGAAACAGAACCUUACAGAAAGUAUCAAUGACAGUGGAAGAGGAUGGCAGCAUUCGCUACUUUCUCUCUCGGCGGAAACCUAUCUCAACUAAAGGGAUGAAGCAUCAACUGCCUCUGCCAAGGGGAGGUAAGCACUCUAACAACCCAAUCCUGACAGAGGACCAGCCGAGACCGCAACAGAGGGCGGCCAAAAAGAAGCAGCACCUGGAUGUGUUUGACCCGGACUACGUGUCAGGGCAGUCUCCGUUCGCUCUAAAUGACAUCACCAGUCGCUCAGCGCAGCUGGGGAUCAGAAAUAACCAGUUUAAUAAACGGAAUCAGAAUUCAAACAGACACGGAAGACGAAAAUAAAAAUAUCCAUAGAAA